AUGGGAGAGUUGCGAAAGGCGGAUGAAUGGAACUUCGCCGGCAGUUCCACCAUUCCCCCAACAAAUGGAUCAGACGUAGUCCCCGACAACCUUUUCGGUUGUCCAGCACACUACGAGACCGCCCUGCGAAAUUUAGCUGGCCUCAAGACUUAUCGCUACAUGUAUCCUUCCAAUUUCACCAACAUCAUGCUUGGGGGCCAGGGUGCCUUCCAUUCCGCCGAACUUCCUCUUAUUUUCGGGACGCAUGACAUUGCGCGUCAAAACUCCACAGCGUUCGAGUAUGCAGUCAGCGAAGAGAUGCAGGACUUGUGGUUGUGUUUCAUUGUAAACCCUGAAGAUGGGCCGAUUGCUGAAGGCUGGGAAGUGACACCCCUUGGAGACCUUGAGACUGUUCAGACAGGCAUCGACAUUGGGUACAACGGCUCUGUUGUACAGCCGUUUUCUUGGAGCGCCUGGCAGACUGCCUGCGUCCGCGGUGUUGUUGCCUAA